UAAAAAGAAAACCAACCAUCUCCGUCGUCGAUUCUCUCACAGUUGCAGCAGCUCCUCCUCCAUCCACCAUGAAAUCCUCAAGAGAAAAAGAAAACAACCGCUGCAUCAGUUGGCACAUCCACACCCUCCAUAAUCGUCUUCUCCACGCCUUAAACCUUGGCACCAGGCAUUUUGAUGAGAAGACAGAUAGAUGGAAGUGGCAGUGUGCCAACCUUGAAGUGCAGAAAAAUGUUCUGCGAUCCAUGGACGCGUUUCUUGAUUCGAUAUCAGGAGAUGCACGGGCCGUACGCCAUACUAUUGUUAAGGAAUCUGUUGGUGAGGUUUUGGGAGCAUUAUUAUGGAUUCUUCAAUGCAAAAGUGGCCCUUUGUUAAGCAUGGCAUCGAAUGUGGCGUUGAAGUUAGUUAGUGUUUUACCAAAUCUGCUAUUGCAAUCACAUUUGCUGGAUCUUGUGUCUUGUCUAUCAUCCUUGUUGUCUUCACAUCAAGUUGAAGUUGCAGUACCCUGUGCAACUGCUUUGAAUUUGGUAAUCUCAAAUUUGAGUGCUACGAAGGAGAAAGCAGUUAUGGAAGCAUUGAAAGAAAAAGAGAUUUCCAUUUGUAUUGUUGGAAAUAUAAAGGAUUUUGCUGGAGGUGCGAAGAAAAUCGGAUACUUUGAAGAGAUGGCUUCACUUUUGAGCACAAUACUGUUGCGGUGGCCUUCGUCUAGGUUCCCUGUUUGUAAUGAUGUUAAACUUAUGGAAUGUUUAGCAAACAUGCAUACAGGGACAGAUAGUUCUACCAAACUUGUAAUUUUAAAACUAUACACGUCAUUAGCUUUAUGUGGCUCUGUGGCGAAAAAACUUAUGGAGGAUGGAAAAGUAUUUCUACAAAUGGUUGUGCGGGCAAUGGGAAAAUCAAACCCUCAUGAUGUUCAGAUAGAGGGGUUUAAGCUUGCUCGAUGUCUAUUUAGAUCCCAAGAGAAUUGUUUGCAAGUGGUGGAUUUGUGUGGUGAAGCUCUUGUUGAGGCCAUAAUUUGUGGGAUGAGAGAAACAGGUCCGAUUUCCCAGAAAAAUGGGAACAACCAUGGCUCUUUAUUAAUGGAAGCAUGUCAGUUGGCUCUUAUAACACGUUGGGCUGGUGAUCAUCAUAUCAGUUUUUGGAAACAAAGAAUUGACAGAGUCCUCCUUAAUCUUCUGAUUGAAAAUAUUCAAGACCAAUCAUCAGAACUUGUCUUGUCAUUGGAUAAACAAAUAUCCUUGGUGAAGGAGGGAUUAAAAUCCAACUAUCAACUUGGUCUGAGGAGUUAUGUGUGGGACAUUCUUGGGUGUCUUAUGAUACAUUAUGGAGAAAGUACCCCUGGGACUGGGAGUAAGCUCCACAUCAACUUACUAAUUAUGUGUGCAUGCUUGACGUUUGCGGAUACAAUUCAAAAUUGGUGCCGAAUAUGUCAAAAGGAUGUUGAUGAUAAUCUUCAAAGCGAACCAGUAUCAAGGGCUGUUCUAAUGAUGAUUUAUUCUCCAUGUGAUUACAUUUCCUCACGUGCUAGAUUCUUGUUAUCUGAUAUACUGAAGGUGAGAGGCAUGACAUGCUUGGAAAACAUAAUGCAUACUUUAGAUUAUACAUCAUCCCUAGAAAGCUAUGGUUCGUUUGAUAAACUUCAACUUGUUAUUAACUUAAUUGGGUUAACUUGUCUCUCAAGUUUAACACAGUAUCAAAGAUGUAUCAUUGAAAGCAAAGGGAUAAAGGCAGUUGUUCUUCUUUUGAAACGAUGCUUAAGUAUUGACAUUCAUGUCGAAAGGCCUGAAAUUGCUCCUCAUUUGUAUACAACAUUCUAUGAAAGGUCUUGUUGUUGGAUUGGUAGAGGAGAUUGGGAAGGUUCCAAUGUUCUUUUAUUUUAUUGUUUGUGGGGCUUAGCUGAAUUUCUUCAUCAAUGUGGCCUUUUACAUGAUAAAGAUCCGCAAUUUACUACAGAAGUGACUAACAUUAAAGCUCAAUUAGUUACCAAACUUCAUGAGAUCUACAGUAGCACUUCUUUCAGUCCAGGAGUGAAAUGGUAUGUUUCUUAUAUUCUAAGUCAUUUCGGAUUCUAUGGUUUCCCAAAUGAAUUUGCCAAAAGGAUUGGGAAAUCUUUUAAUAAGGAGGAAUAUGCAGAUUUGCUACUUGUAGCAAAUGGGGGUUCUGUGAGUGUUCAUGGUAUUAUCCUUGCUGUUCGAUGCCCAUCACUUCUGCCACCUGAAGUCUUAUCUAGUAGUAAAAGUUCUAAAGAAGUAACACAGAAGUUUGUUGGAGAGACCAUGAGGGAAGUUCGUUUAUCUUCUCGUGUUGAUUAUGAAGCAUUGUUGAUGUUGUUGGAAUAUGUAUACUUGGGAUCCUUACAUGCGGGAGAAGAAAUGGUAAAGAAGCUGAAGAUUCUUGCUAGUCGCUGUAAUCUACAGCCUCUGUUUCAAAUGCUUUGCAGAGAACGUCCAAAUUGGGGCAGACCUUUCCCCAGCUCUAAUCUUACUUCAUCUCUUGAUUCAGCUGGAAGUUGUUUUUCAGAUGUCAUAUUGGAAGCUAAAUCAAAUAAACUUGUUGGAUGGGCAUGCAAUAUUUGUUCUCACUCGGUACCACAUGUGCAUGUUCACAAAGUUAUCUUGCAGUCUGGCUGUGAUUAUUUACAGGGUCUGUUCCGAUCAGGAAUGAAAGAGAGUCAUUUACCAGUCAUAAAGGCUCCUAUUAGCUGGGAAGCUUUGAUGAAACUAAUACAUUGGUUUUAUUCUGAUGAGCUGCCAAAUCCUCCCUCUGGAUGUUUGUGGGUUAAUAUGGAUGAUGAAGAAAAGCUAUUCAAUCUGCAACCAUAUGUGGAGCUCUGUUGGCUUGCUGAGUUCUGGAUUUUGGAAAAUAUUCAGGAAGCCUGCUGGAAUGUGAUUAUGUCUUGUCUUGAUUCUUCUGUGCAGUUGGCCUUUAAAGUAAUCAAAAUGGCAUAUGAGCUCUCUUUGUGGAAGUUAGUUGACAUUGCUGCAAAUCUCAUGGCUCCUUCAUAUAGGCAAUUGCUAAAUUCUGGUGAACUUGAAGAAUUUGAUGACGCGCUAGUUCAAAUAAUUUAUUCUGCUUCACUUCGACUUAACCAGGAAGGCAAAAAUUGCUUUAGGUGAUUAUUUUCUUCAAGACGAUUCAUAGUGCGGGAGAUUCAGGAGCUGUGUAGUAAAAUUCGUCAGGAGCUUAACAUUUUAUAUAUUAGGUGCAAUUGAAGAUAUUGGUGUCACUGGAUUUCUGUUCAUCAAACAUCAGGCCAAAGCAUAGUCUUCAUUCAAUUAAUGAGUUCCACCUAACUCCAUCUUAUUUUUUGGGAAGUCCUUUCAAUCUGGUGUGGAAAUGAAAUGCUGUUGGAAGUCAAUUGCAGUUCCUGCUCUUUGAAAGAAAAACACCACCUAAUGGAAUUAUGGAGGAGAAAAAACUUGACAGCCAAAUAGGUUAAUCAAGCUCAAGGACAAUCUUCCAGGAACAACAGGGGAUGUCAGCUUUGAAAAUGUAGAAGUUUGAUACUACUCAAAUAAGAAAGAAUACAGGGGCUUUGAAAGGGAGACGCUGACGAGUUAACAUUAAAUUGGACUAAGGCAGGGGACAAGUGCUGUUUUGGAAGGCAUGAAAACAACGAAGGUAUCAUACAAAUUGUGCAGUCAAGCUCUCUCCUAGCAAGCCCCUCCUAUAAAAAAGAUAACACUGCUCCCCCUUAACCAAAUCAUACUCCUUCAUUUCAAAUCAUGAUACAUGGCAUGUAUGGUUAUUUGUUCUCCAUUUUUCUUUUUAAAUGAAAAAAAGAAAAUUACUGUAAAUUUGUGAGAAGGGAUAUAUUGACUCUAUAGUGAUACUGGAGCACUGAAUUUGUUCCAACUUCCAAGUAACCCCCACCGAUGGGCAAAACAAUAUUGUAGUAGUGAGUAUGGGAGGACUAUUUUUCCCUGGUUGCUUUCUGUUAUCUUUUGGCUGUAAGUUCUGAUGAAAAGUCACAGAUUGAUUAGAGAUAUGAUCAAGUCUUUGUAAAGGGUAAGCAACCCUCACCCCCAAGCUAAUUUUUGAGGUAGAGUUACAUUGAAUCUUUAUUUUUGGCUAUGUCUCUGGUCAAUGUGUGAACACCCCUCACAUCUAGGGUUGGACAUCUGCAGUGUGGCCUAAUAAAAGGAUUCAAGAUUGGCUUUGACCUCAUAUUAGAAUGAGGUUGAAUCUAACUCAACCUUAUCAGCUAAUAUAGAGGUGAGGGUUGCUCUAACAUUUAUAAAGACUUAUUUUGUGA